UCAGAAUCUGAAAGGUCUGCAGUGACUAGGUGGUUUAACUAUAGUGCAAGAAAAAAUGAUUAGUUAAAUACUACAUCGAGUUUAGGACAGCCAACAUGAGAGCAGUGAGACUCACAUGAUAAGCUGUAAAUUAGUAUCUUAUUAAAUGCACCAUAAAUCACUGAGUACGGUUGGUUAUUGGUGAAACAAUUUUACUUAGUUGACUGAGUCUCAGCCGUGAACUAUCAGAUCAUUUUAUAUCUAUAUCUCUACAUAACUGCACAGCUAAAUCAUCAUUGGCACGCGGUUGUGUCAAUACACACCCGAACUCGGUGGAAAUGGUAGUUUAGUUUGCAAAGAAAUCUACGAGUCUACAAAAAAAGAAAAAUAGAUUAAAACAGACUUUGUUCUGAAAGUUCAAAAACUAACUCAUUUUCUAUUGGAUUGCUUUUGACGAGCAGUAUUCGUUCAAGUGUUCAGUCUGGAUUUCCAAAAGAAGCUUUGUCUAAUCAUCAGUUGUUCAUAUACUACUGAAAAGUCAUGUUCCACGAAUCCGUGUUGUUCUGGUGUUCCCAACACAUGAAAAAACGGAACAUUCCUCCUUCAAGGAAACACGACGAUUUGACGACUAGACGGUAAACGUUUCUCAACUUGCUGCCAAAAUCCAUAUUCUCAGGUUGACUGAACCGGUGUUUGUGAAUAUGGCUUACCAACCCAAAACUGAAAGCCCUAACGGGCAGUCUGGAAUUGUAGAAGAAAACCCGAAUCACAUCGUUUACCGAAAGAUGGAACAAAUCGUAGAGCGAAUGCAAGAUGAACAGACCGGUGUUCCCGUAAAGACUGUUAAAAGCUUCAUGUCCAAAGUCCCAAGCGUUUUUACAGGUUCGGACUUGAUCACAUGGAUGACGAAGAACCUGGACGUUGAGGACCAAAAUGAAGCUUUACAUCUGGCCCACCUCAUGGCAGCACAUGGGUAUCUUUUUCCAAUUGAGGACCACAUUUUGACUAUCAAAGCCGACGGCACAUACUACAGGUUUCAGACACCAUAUUUUUGGCCAUCUAACUGCUGGGAACCAGAGAAUACAGACUAUGCUGUGUAUUUAUGUAAACGAACCAUGCAGAACAAAACCCGGCUAGAACUGGCAGACUACGAGGCGGAAAACCUGGCUAGGCUUCAGAAAAUGUUCUCUCGGAAAUGGGAAUUUAUCUUCAUGCAGGCUGAGGCACGGACCAAGGUUGACAAGAAAAGAGACAAGUUGGAAAGAAAAGUGUUGGAUAGUCAGGAAAGAGCUUUUUGGGAUGUGCAUAGACCCGUACCGGGUUGUGUUAAUACAACAGAAAUUGAUAUCAAAAAGGCGUGCAGAAUGAACAAACCGUUCAAAAGUGCCAAGCAUAUGCAGUGCUCCGUAUCAGGAGGAAGGAUUAGCCCUAGCGUCUCUGAAUCCGAGUUAGCUAAUCCUAGCGAGGCCUUAAAAACAGAGAUUAUAACUCUGAAGAGUCGUCUGGACAGAAGAAACGUGAAAAUUUCUAAGGUUUCAGAAUCGUACAUUAACUAUUAUGAACAAUAUCAAGAAUACGAUCCGUUUCUCACCACACCAGAACCUUCCAGUCCAUGGAUAUCUGAUAGCCAGGAAUUGUGGGAAUUGGAAAAGCAAACGAAAGAGGUGCCUCCCCGGAGAGUUCGGAGAUGGGCUUUCUCUCUUCAGGAACUGCUUAAAGACCCAGCUGGUAGGGAGCAGUUUAUCCGUUUCCUGGAAAAAGAAUUUAGCGCCGAAAACCUCAAGUUUUGGGAUGCCGUACAAGAACUGAAACAGGUCCAUUCAAAGGACGUGCCUCUAAAGGUGCAACAAAUAUGGAACGAGUUCCUAGCACCGGAUGCGAACUUUCCUAUCAACAUCGACUCUAAAAGCUAUGAACUUACUAAAAAGAAUAUCGAAACUCCAGACAGAUGGACUUUUGAUGAGGCUGCUGCACAUUUGUACCAUUUAAUGAAAAACGACAGCUACCAGAGAUAUCUUCGUUCGGAGAUGUACAAAGAGUAUCUUAACGGUACAAAGAAAAAGACGUCUGUCAAAGGCAUACGUUCCGUGAUCUUUUCUGGCAAGAAAGACCAACCAUCAUCUUAAAGUUAUCCCUGCUUGCUGCAUGCUCCUGGAACGGUGCCUGAGUAAUGAGUAAACUCUUCAUUCCCAAGUUACCCAGUUUAAGUAUUGGGUCUUAGAAAAUGUAUGUGUGGAGCCACAAGCCGAUGGAAGUUAAGAAAAUAGGCCACCGUCAGUUAUUCGCGGGUUCCUGCAAUAUGUAGCGCCAUCUAGUAAGUCUAUUAGCACUUCCGUGUUUUCGUCAUCCUCUUCAUCAUCUUGAUCUUGCUGUUGAACAAUAAGAAAUAAAAGUGAUCAUUACUCUACGAUUUUUAUUUUGAAUGGCAUUAGAAAAAAAAAAUCAUAAAAUGGUUUGGAAAAGCGCGCUUCUUUUGUUUUCUGAAAUAUCAAGCACUGGGUAGAUAAUUCACCUAAACCUAAGCAAGUAUUAUAGAAUUUCAGUUUUCUAUCAAAUUCUCGUGUUAAAGAGGAUAUAUGAAAAAAAGAACUUAACGUAUUUAUAAGCUAGUAGCUUUUAAUUCCAUACAUUUUACAAGAAAUCUUAAUUUUUCCCAUCUUAUCUAUUGUGUAAAUGUACUAGGGAAUAGAAAAAGGAAGAAAUGUAACAUUUUACCAUAUUAUUCAUGAAACAUGUUUUUCAAUCUAUGGUAAAAUAAGUAAACCAUUAAGGUAUGCCCUUUGCAAUAAGUUAGGUAUAGUUUUUACUCGGCUUUAGGCUUAGUAGGUUGUAUAAACACACAUUCAGCAAUAUUCGGUGUUCGUCAUCAUUCUUCUUGAUCACGUUUACAUCAUAGCAAGAGGAGCUUGGUAUAAAGCUAUACUCUUUUCUCUUAGUUACCCAGUAUGAAGGAAGAUGCUGGUUUUGUAAAAUAUUUCUCAAGUGUAUUAUUGUACAUAAAUAUCAGUAUGUUACGAAGAGAUUGGCGGCAUUUCGUGAGGAAAUCCAAAUGAUAAGUUGAAUCUAAGCUAAUAUACGUCAACUUAUGGGAAUAAAAGGAAAAAAAACUGUAGAUAAUUGGGUGCUAAUUUGUAGUUUUUAUUGUUAAUUUCUUUCCAGUACGGAUAUAUAUAUAUAUAUAUAAUAUUUAAGAACGAAAUGGAGGAGCUCGAGAAAUGUGUUUUAACAUAAGAGUGUGUACAAGCCUACAGUUCUGUAUAGAAUAACUUGCUAUUCGAUUUAUCAUUCGAUUAGAAAGUUAAAAUUUCACACCACUAAGGCUAGAUUUAGUCAUCUCCAUAAAAGGUUGACUUUCGUAGACGUCUUGAGGGACCAAAGCUACGUGUGGUGUAUAGCUGUUUUGACUUCUCACUAUAUACAUCUUAGAAAUGUGUGACUUUCUUCGUGAAGGUAUAAUAAAGUUUAUUCGCCAUUAUGCAGACUUCGAGAGAGUAAAGAUUAGAGGGUAGUUUUAUUUUGAUUCGUGAUUCUACUGUGUAUUGUGCAACAAAAAGAAACAUGAAGAGCCUCGUAAACUCUCAAGAUAAAACAAAAUCCAGUGGUGUUUGAAUAUUUCUGAUCCUAUAUCAAGAGUAAUGUUUAUAACAAUAUAACAUUAGUAAUGAAAAGUCGAAGAUAGCUUUAUGAGUUUUAGGAUUAUGGCCUAGAAAAAUUCAGUAAAAAAAAUCAAUUACAACAAUUAAUUUUUUUUUAGUUUUCACUUUUUAAGGAACAACAGUUUUA